ACACCUUCGGACUGUUAUUCUAAACAAAGUAGUGGAAUCGUCAAACGUGUGGGCAGUACCACUCUCAUCUCUUGUUAGAUUUUCCAAAAUGGAGGCAACUCAAAUUAAAGCCCCUGGGGAUAUUCUGACCCUUCAGAGGGACGCGAAAUUGCUUAAAAUGUUGUUCUCCGUGGGCAUUGCUGUCCUACCAGGGUUUGGGGCUGGCAUGGCCGUGGCUAUUACGGCCCCAGCCCUAACUCAUUUCAAGGACCCUUCAACAAGUCCUUUGGACCCCCCAAUGACAGAAGAACAAGGCUCGUGGUUCGUAAGCUUGGUUCUUGUCUUCAUUGUGAUUGGAAGCUUGACAAGUGGAUAUCUCUCUGAGCGAAUCGGUCGCAAGUACACCCUCAUUCUGGCAGUUCUCACCUUGAUCCUGGGUUGGGUCACCUUAUACAUUGCCGCAACUUUGCCACUUGUGGUCAUCAGCCGGUGUAUUAGUGGGUCAGGCUUCGGAAUAGCAAUGCCAUCCGCCUACAUGCUUCUGAGUGAAGUGUCAUUACUCCGAUUGCGUGGUGCAUUGGGCGUCUGCAACAUUCUCAUAGGGAACGUGGCCUUUCUUCUGUCCCUAAUCUUGGCAGCACUUCUGCCUUUCAACUGGAUUGUCCCCCUAUCGGCAAUUCCUUGUUUCAUAUUUUUGCUCUUGGUAUACUUUCUGCCGGAAAGCCCCUUGUGGUUGGUGAAACAGAAUCGGGUCAAGGAGGCUGAAACCAUCCUGACUUGGCUCAGAGGUGAAGACUAUCCGAUUUUGCAAGAGGUGGAGGAACUGGUUCACGAAGUCACCCAAGAGGCGGAUGAUAUCACUUGGCAAGAGAAGCUCCAGUUCUUGAGAACUAAGCAAGUCAUCAAGCCCAUGUUAAUCAUGUUUGCCAUGUUCACUAUGGAGGCAUCCUGCGGAGCGGAUUUGAUCACGUUCUACUCUUUGGACAUCAUUGAUAAGGCUAAACUUACACUUGAUGCCUACCUUUUAUCGACCUUGAUCAAGGCCGGAUUUUUAGUGGGCAACAUCAUAUCAACGCCUUUCAUGUCCAAAGUGGGACGACGACCUCAAUUUAUUCUUUCGACUGUCCUUGUGGCUUUAUGCACUUACACCAUUGCUGUGUGCAUGUAUGUGGAUGGUACCGAAUCGACCUACUAUACGGUAGUCCAAAUCCUUGCUCCCGUGGCAUCCAUUCUAUCCACUGUAUGUUACUCUUUUGGACUAGGACCCGUCUUAUUUGCUCUCGUUGGAGAAGUCUAUCCUUCCCGUGUUAAAGGCUUUUGUUGCUCAUUAACACUGUCCUUCAGAUAUCUGAUGGUGGGUGUCAACAUGAAGUUCUUUCCCACCAUGUACAUCCUUAUUGGCUUACAAGGAGUGUUCCUCUUCUGCGGAACCAUGAGUGUCCUCAAUGUUGUCUUUGGGUUCUUCUUUAUGCCUGAAACGCAAGGCUUGUCCUUGACAGAAUUGUCCAAACUCUUUGGAGAGCCGUUGGCACCAAAGAUUAAAGAGGGAAAGGUAGAUGAUGCCUUCAUCAAGGCUAGCCAACAAACCAUCUCGACUAUAUUGAGUAUUGCCCUGAUCUUCACCAUGACUGGCACACUGAGCAGUGGCAUCUUAGCCGAUCGCUUUGGCCGAAAGAGGACCCUGAUCCUAAGCACGUCGAUCAUAUUGCUGGGAUGGGUCCUACUCUACUUGUCCGAGGACUUCUACUUACUAUUGGUCAGCCGAUGCAUUGGAGGGUUGGGCUGCGGGAUCACGAUGCCAUCAGGAUAUAUGCUCUUGAGCGAGAUUGCCUUGCUUCGAUUGCGAGGCGUUUUGGGAGUGUGCAACACCCUGAUUGGAAACGUGGCAUUCCUCACCUCCUUGGUUUUGGCGGCUCUUUGCCCAUUUUCCUGGCUCAUCCCACUGUCUUCCAUCCCUUGCCUUGCCUUUCUUUGCCUAGUGUGGUUCAUGCCCGAGAGUCCCUUGUGGUACGUCAAAAGGGGACGGGUUGAAGAGGCUGAAACCACUUUGGGACUACUUCGAGGGGACAACUAUCCAAUCCUGGCGGAGAUGAAGGAUCUUCUCUUUGUGGCCUCUCAACAAACGGGCUCGGUUUCGUGUGGGCAAAAGAUCCAAUAUUUGACCUCCAGACAAGUCAUUCGUCCUUUGUCAAUCAUGUGCACACUCUUCACUUUCCAGGCCUUGUGUGGAGCUGAUUUGAUCACUUAUUACUCAUUGGACAUCAUUCAUAAGGCUCAAUUGGCUAUCAACCCGUAUUUACUUUCGUGCUUGGUCCAAGGUGGUUUCACUUUGGGCUACAUGGUUUCCACCCCAUUCCUCUCCAAAAUUGGCCGUCGGAAGCAAUUCAUUUUCUCUAGUCUGUUGACCUCGUUCUCAAUGACCAGCCUGGGCUUGUGCAUUUUUGUGGAUACUUCGAACUCUCCGUAUUUUGCCACGGUGGUUCAAGUGAUCGCUCCGUGUUCUGCCAUUUGCAGUGGGCUGUUCUAUUCGUUGGGUUUGGGCCCAGUAUUGUUUGCAUUGUUGGGGGAGAUCUUUCCGGUGCGGGUGAAGGGCAUGUGCUGCUCCUUGACCCUGUCCUUCAGAUACUGUGCCGCCUUCAUUUCCUUGAAAACCUUCCCCACCAUAUUUGCCCAUCUAGGCCUCCAAGGCGUGUUCUGGAUUUGCAGCCUGGUCACCCUAAUGGCGUGCGUCUUUGCCCAGUUUUUCAUGCCCGAAACCCGCGGUCUUACCCUCACCGAAAUCGGUAAUCUCUUCAACGACCCGACCUUAUUGGGCGUUCAAUUUGAAAAAGAGGACGAGGCAGAACCCACGAAAGAGGACAAAGGCGUCGAAGUGUGAGAAACACUUUUCAAGUGGGCGACUUCCAUGAAGUCCUCGAAAUUAUGAAUUGUCAGCAUUAGCAUAAAUUGAUCUGAAAUAAACGAACACAACCCAUAGAUAUGAAAA